GGUUACUAUAAGAGAACCCCCGACUACCAUCCAAUCAGGGAGUGGAAGCGACUCGGCUGCUUCCCUGUUCCCAUGGUGCACAGCACCUUCCUAUUAGACCUGCGUCGUGAAUCCAGCCGGGACCUGGCCUUCUACCCCCCUCACCCAGAUUACAGCUGGGCAUUUGAUGACAUCAUGGUGUUUGCUUUCUCAGCACGUCAAGCAGGUGUGCAGAUGUAUGUGUGUAACAGAGAACACUACGGUUUCCUGCCUGUCCCUCUCAAGGCACAGCAAAAUGUUGAAGAUGAAAGUGAGAGUUUCAUACACACCAUCACGGAGGCUUUGAUUGACCACGACAUUGAGGCCUCUGAGCACCUGUACUCUCCGCCCUCACAGCAGGACAAGAUGGGCUUUGAUGAA